GCACGUCCGCCCGCCGGGAAAUUCCCCCUGAAAAGGGCGGCCCUGGGGCGCGGCAGCGCAACCGGGAGGGGAGGGAGUCGGGCCCGGCCGUCCCUCCGAGCCAGUAUUCGUCUGUCUGUCGGUCCGUUCGUCCGUCCGAGGUGUGCGGGGCCCGGGCGGGGAGGGCCGGAGCGGCGGCGCGGAGCUGUCAGCAUGGCCGGUGGCCCUGAGCCCUACAUUGAAAUAUUUGAACAACCCAGGCAGAGGGGGAUGCGUUUCAGAUACAAAUGCGAGGGAAGAUCGGCAGGCAGCAUUCCGGGAGAACACAGCACUGAAAACAAUAAGACGUUCCCUUCCAUCCAGAUUCUGAACUAUUUUGGAAAAGUCAAAAUCAGAACGACAUUGGUGACGAAGAACGAGCCCUACAAGCCGCACCCUCACGAUCUGGUUGGCAAAGACUGCAGGGAUGGCUACUACGAAGCCGAGUUUGGGCCAGAACGCCGAGUCCUGUCUUUUCAGAAUCUGGGCAUUCAGUGUGUGAAGAAGAAAGACCUGAAGGAAUCGAUUGCUUUACGGAUCUCGAAGAAGAUUAACCCUUUCAAUGUGCCCGAAGAACAGCUGCACAACAUCGACGAGUACGAUCUCAACGUCGUCCGCCUCUGCUUCCAGGCCUUCCUCCCCGACGAACACGGCAACUACACCAUAGCUCUUCCUCCUUUGAUUUCCAACCCCAUCUAUGACAACAGAGCUCCCAACACCGCAGAAUUGAGAAUUUGUCGCGUGAACAAGAACUGUGGGAGUGUAAAAGGAGGAGAUGAAAUAUUUCUGCUGUGUGACAAGGUUCAGAAAGAUGACAUAGAAGUCAGGUUUGUCUUGGACAACUGGGAGGCCAAAGGUUCCUUCUCCCAAGCCGACGUUCACCGUCAAGUUGCGAUAGUGUUCAGGACGCCGCCGUUUCUCAGGGACAUCACCGAGCCCGUCACGGUGAAGAUGCAGCUGCGAAGACCUUCGGACCAGGAAGUCAGCGAACCGAUGGAUUUCAGAUACCUGCCAGAUGAAAAGGACCCGUAUGGCAACAAAGCCAAAAGGCAAAGAUCAACGUUGGCUUGGCAAAAGCUCAUACAGGACUGUGGAUCAAACGCGACAGAGAGGCCCAAAGUAGCUCCAUUCCCCACUGUGGCUCCUGAAGGGAAGCUGAUUAAGAAAGAACCAAACCUCUUUUCACCCGCGCUGCUGCUGCCGGGGCUGGGAACCCUGUCCAACACCAGCCAGCUCUACAACCCACUGCCCAACCAGCCCGCGGGCGCGGGGAAGCAGGAGCCGCUCCCCUCGUGCUGGCAGCACUGGUGCAGCACCCCGGCUCCGGCCGGCCUGCUGGGCACGCACCCCCAGAGCAGCUUCGAGCUGGCUCAGCCCGCGGCCACGGCCAGUGGCUCGCUCACCACUUUCCACGACAACCCUCUCAGCUGGCCUGAUGAGAAGGAUCCGGGUUUCUACCAGAAUUUCGGCGGCGCGAACGGGCUGGGAGCGGCGGCGGUGGCGAGCGCGGACAUGCAGAGCGUUUCUGGUAACGGCGUCGGGCCCGGCAGCGUCUCCGCGACCAGCAUGGAGACCGAUGACAUGAACUGCACCAGCAUCAACUUUGACAAGUACAAUCCGGUGUUAAACACCAGCAACCCCAGGCAGCAGCUGCACCAGGUGCCUGGAGCAGCCCCGGGCAGCACAGCUGUUAAUCCUCAGCCUAACGUAGCCGAUCCAGGAGUUUACGGUUUUAUAGACCAAGUUUUAAGCGACUCGAGACUCUCCACCAACCCGUUCCAAACCCACCAGAACAGCAUUGCAGACAACCAGUUCUACGACACCGAGGGUGUCCACACCGACGAGCUCUAUCAGUCCUACCAACUCGAAAGCAUCUUACAGAGUUACAACCCCUGAGGAACUGGGUACGUAGAGCUUUUCACCUGUGUGAAGAGGAGGAACUUACUCUUCUGGAGUCCCUGCUUUCUCCUUCUAAAUGCUACUAUGCAAGUUUUAUGAUACAACUUGAGGUUACAUAUUGCAGCUUAAAGACUGGUGCGCGUAAAGACGAGAGGUUGGGAGUAAGCUUUGGGGUUCUGUACCUUAAAAGUAUGUUGUAUGUGGGUUUUUUACGCUGUCGGGAAAGGGAACUGUUAACACUUCAAUCUUGCUCGCCUUUGGGGACUGUAAAAGCUUCUUCAGAAGGGUUAAAUUUCACAUCUUCACAGGGUUAAAAUUGUUAGGGAAAUGGAAUUUUGCUAGGACAGGAAUUAGGAAAAAACCCUGCACGUGGGCACUGUCGCUCAGACUCACCUAACGACUCAGUUUUGCUCAACUUCCUUAAAAGGUUUAGGUUUCUUACGCUCUUCCAUAUACAAUAUUCUUCUAGUAAAAGAAGAUUAUCCAUUGAUGGUUUUUUUUUUUCACGUUUUCACCAGACUCCAUUUGCUUUGACGGCAAAUUUACUCUUAAAAUUUUUUUAAUGACUAUGUCAUUGUUAGAUAUAUUUUAAAAGACCGGAAGGUUUGAGGUUUGUUUGUUUUUGUUUUAAAUAGUCUGUUGUAAAUGAAUCACUGCACAAGAGAACGAACAGAAAGGACGGACUUCUCUGCACGCCAGGCCGAGUGCACUGUUUGAGACGAUAAACCCCUGUUGCUUUAGGAAGGGAGCACACGCUCUUAUUUCUCUGCACGUUGUUUUUGUGUGGAUGUAUAAUAUUCUGAACUGCAGAAAUACGUUGAGGCGAAGCAUCUCCCUGUUUCCUCAGGUACCCGGCAGUUUCCUGCUAUGCAAGUGACUGCUUAAAAAUAGAAAGAAAGGCUCAUGCUCUGCCUCCUUGCAAAAAAGCUCCGGGGGCGACCCCCAGGUAACAUUUAUUAACAAUUUUAGGGCGUCAGCACUAACUAAAAACACUCCUCGCUGUGUCAGAAGCCGGAACUUCCUUCCAUUUCCAGUUUUCAUCCUUAGCCUGAGUUGCGAGAUGUUUGGUCGCGACUCGCCUGGACAUAACUGGCUGGGUAAGACACUCUGCAUUAUAGGGCUUGGCCAUUCUAGUAUUAUUAUUAUUAUUAAUAUUAUUUUAAGAAGCAACACAGCGAGCAAUAUGAGAGUGUAUUUCUUAAGUUGUACGGAUGUUUUAUAUCGCAGACAAGGCCGAAGAAUCUAAUCGUUACUGUUUGCCAACAUAAAGCUGCCCCAUGCAAUGAAGCAAUAAAAAAAGCACAGUUGGGUAUAAAAAACACGACCCCACAUCAAAAAAGCCGCUUGAGACGUACAGUUCUCCGCAAAGCAGAAAGGAGCUCCAAAAAAACGCUGGUUUCUAGGAAAGCAGCGACUCUCUAACCGCAGGAAUUCGUCGCGUUCGAAGCAAUAAGGUGGUGACACCGAUUCCCCAGGUUGGACGGAACGUGCUCCUUAGACCAUGGGAAUUUUGGCAAAGUGCUUCCCUGAGGUCCCAGCGCACAAGGCAAAGAAUUAAAUCUCUGUGUCUUAAAGCGGUUUCUCCUCAUUCCUGCAUCACACGUCCCCUUUUCUGGAGCUCCUCUGCUGUCUUGAGUAAUCGAAAGGCCAAAGAAAUACAAAGGAAGCUUGAAAUGUGUUGUUUAUUCAGUUUUAUUUUUGAAGUUCUCAAUUGUAAGCAUAGUAAAUGUAAACAUUUUACUCACUUCAUAGUAAGCUCUCAAUAGCACAAUUUGUUUUUACUGUAUAAUUAAAUAUUUUCAAAGUUCUGUUUUCCUUUGUAAA